UCUAUUUAUAAAAGUGGCGGCGCUGUCGUCGGGUUGGCUUCGUACUCUAUAAGCUUGGCCUUCCGCUAGCGACUCGCAGUUCAUCCUGGCAGCCUUCGCCAUGAAAAAAGUCGUUUUCCUUCAAUUUUACUUCCGCCACGUCUCGAUUUGAGUGAUAAGGAUCGUAUUUUCAAUCAAAACAAUGGAAAUCGACAGGGGCACGGACGUGCAUUUUGUCUUCCCUUGCCGGAAGGAAAAUUUGAAUUCGCAUAAUAGUAUGGAAAUUAAUGCUCGAUAUUCGCAACUUCAAAGAACAGAUUUAGGAUCCGCUUAUGACGGAGCUACCAUUAUCGACGGAGAUAUGACGAAUAGCAUAAAUCCGGCGCUACAGGAACAGCAUUUGAAAUUCCAACAGCAGCUGCUACAAUUGAAACAACAACAACAAUUGCAGCAGCAACUCCUCCUACAGCACUUCCAUCAACAACAACAACAACUAGCCGAGCAUCACGAGAAACAAAUGCAGGAGAGAAUAAAAGAAUACCUAGAACAUCAAAAGAGAUUGGAAGAAGAGCAGAAAAUUGAAAAAGAACGUAGAGAUAAGGAGAGAAUCGAACAGUUGAAGAAAAAGGAGAAACACGAGCAGAGUGCAAUUGCGUCUUCCGAAGUUAAACAGAAAUUACAAGAGUUUGUUCUGAAUAAAAAGCAUAGGGAAGCUGCUGCUAAUUCAGCCAAUUCUCCAACCACUUUAAGAAAUUGGUAAGUUAAUAAUCAAAAGAUUUAGUGCACUUAUUUAUU